CCGGUGGGGCGUGCCGGGACUCGGGCUGCUCGCGUCUCUAGCACGCCCUUGGGCAGCCGGGCGCCCGCUGUCCCUUCCGCUUCCGACGCACUGUCCGCCGAGCCGGUGGAUGUGCGGCAAUAACAUGUCUGCUCCGCUGCCUGUCGUCGUGCCCGCCGCCCGCAAGGCCACCGCUGCGGUUAUUUUCCUUCAUGGAUUGGGAGAUACUGGGCACGGAUGGGCAGAAGCAUUUGCAGGUAUCAGAAGCUCGCAUAUCAAAUAUAUCUGCCCGCACGCGCCAGUUAUGCCUGUUACCUUAAAUAUGAACAUGGCUAUGCCUUCAUGGUUUGAUAUUAUUGGGCUUUCACCAGAUUCUCAGGAGGAUGAAUCUGGAAUUAAACAGGCAGCAGAAACUGUAAAAGCCUUGAUAGAUCAAGAAGUGAAGAAUGGCAUUCCUUCUAACAGAAUUAUUUUGGGAGGAUUUUCUCAGGGAGGAGCAUUAUCUCUGUACACUGCUCUCACAACACAACAGAAACUGGCAGGCAUCACUGCACUCAGUUGUUGGCUUCCACUUCGAUCUUCCUUUGCACAGGGUCCUAUCAGUGGCAUCAACAAAGAAAUAUCUAUUCUUCAGUGUCAUGGAGACAGUGACCCUUUAGUUCCCCUAAUGUUUGGUUCUCUGACUGUUGAAAAACUAAAAACAUUGGUAAACCCAGAUAAUAUAACCUUCAAAAUCUAUGAAGGCAUGAUGCACAGUUCGUGUCAACAGGAAAUGAUGGAUGUCAAGCAUUUCAUUGAUAAACUCCUACCUCCAAUUGAUUGACGUCACUAAGAGGCCUUGUGUAGAUUACACCAGCAUCAUUGUACUAGCCUAGAAUAUACACCUUUUCCCAUUUCUGAUCUUUAAACUCCCUAAUGUUUGCAGUGUUAAAAUGUUUUGCAAUUACAUGCCAAUGAUACAGACUAGAUGAUAUCCCCUCAUGGGAAACUUAUGAUCUUUAAGUUUCUAUACAUUUAUUUGUAUAUCCAGAACAUACUAGUAUUAAAGUAGGUGAAGCAGCUAGCUUCCUUUUCCCAAUGUAAUUCAGCAGAAUACUGUAAUCAGAGUUCAUCAUUUGAAAAUUACUAGUAUGCUUAAAGAACAUCUAUUCAGACCGUAAGUGGUUCAGAUAUAAAUGACUUGUUCAUGCUGUGGCCUAGACUAUGAGUUAGACCACAGUUGCUUAGUCACUAUGCAGUAUCUGUAUUUUUGUAUAUGCAUUCAUAUGUAUGUAAGGAUUGUAAUACAUAAGAGUUAGAUGCCAUGACAUUAUUCUUUAUACUAGGUAUAAUGCUUUUCAAUGUCAAAAAAGAGUAAUAUUUUCUUCAAGUAAUAGUCCUUUUAUUGGCGGACUAGGCUUUCCUUUUCUCUGAUAUUUCUAUUUAAUACUCUUGUCAUUUAAAAAAAAAUGUUACUUUCUAGAUUUUCUAUAGCAGAUCAAAUACUGUUUCCCUACCAUAGAAAUCUGCCAGUAUAUACUAUAACUUGACACAAACACAAUGGUAUCUCAAUCACAAACAUAUGGUAUUUAAAAUCUAAGUACACUUUAAAAGAAACCAAACAUUACUUUAUGUAUUUCAAAUAACUGCACUUCAGUCCAAAUUCAGACCUCUAUAGUUAUUAGAAUCUCCAAGACAGGUAAUAAUAAUAAUUAAUUUUAUUUUCUAUAAACAACUGAAAGGUUAGAUCAUGUUCUGGUAUGUUUAGAAAUACUAUGAAUUUCUAAAAUGAUUAGGUCUACCUAUAUUGUAGUUUAAACUUAAGAUAUUUCAAGCCAACUUAUUGUAGAAGAAUAAUCUAUUAGAAAUUUUUGCUUUAUUUUUUUCUGUUAGGAAAAUUAAUUUAAAAUUUUCACUUUAGACAAAUGAUUUUUUUUAAGAUAAGUUGUCUUGUGCAGAUAUAAAAUAGCAAUUAAUUGAUUUUUCAGUUGUCAGUGUCCAGAUUACUGCUAGAAGUAUUUAAAACAAACUUAUGGGUAAUAAAGAUUAAUCAUAACCGGGUGUUGUGAUGCACGCCUUUAAUCACGGCACUCAGAAGGCAGAGGUAGGAGGAUCGCUAUGAGUUCCCAACCAUCCUGAGAAUACAUAGCAAAUUCUGGGCUAGCCUAAGCUGGAGCGAGACCCUGCCUCAAAACAAAACAAAACAAAAAAAGAUCAGAACCUUAAUAUAAUACUUAUUACACAAUUUAAUAUGUAGCAGAAAUGCACAGUUGAUAUUUUUGAACUGUGUUAAUUUUCCUGCUGUAUUUCAACUUACCAAAACAAUGUUAAGAAUGCAUCUUUAUAAAUGGGUGCUAACUGAUAAUGGAAAUUAUUUAAUAAUGGACUAGAUAGGAUAUUAAUAAUGAAGCCAUAUGUUUGUCUAAUUUUUAAAUUUUUAAACAAUCAUUUAAUAUAUCAUUUUGCUUUACCUUGAAGAACAUAAACGUAUUUCAAUUAUGCAAAUCAUUAAGUUCUUAUUUAUAGCAAGAAAUAUUCUGUUGACUUGUGCUACAAUGUGGGAAAAUGUAAAUGUUUUUCAUGGUUUCUGUCAAUGUGAAAUAAAAUUUAAUUCUGGC